AUGCAUACCCUCGGUAUGGUGGGCUACAGUAAGUAUCAGUAAUGCAGCCCAUUGGAGGACCAAUAUAAAGGUCCACCGGUAAGUACUGUACAGAGCCAGCCCUUAGCAGAACAGUCUUUCUUUGUCAAUGGCCAUAUCAUCCCAUUUUAUCACCGCAAGUCAAGUCCAAACUGAAUGCCAAGUGUUAUAGCCUAACUUUUUUGAAUUCUUCCUUUACAUUCUGAACAGCUAAAUCACAUCAAAUCAAAUCAAAUUGUAUUGGUCGCAUACACAUAUUUAGCAGAUGUUAUUGCGGGUGAAUAACAAAAUGCUUGUGUUCCUAGCUCCAGCAGUGCAGUAAUAUCUAACAAUUCACAACAAUACACACAAAUCUAAAAGUAAAAUAAUGGAAUUAAGAAAUGUAUAAAUAUUAGGACGAGCAAUGUCGGAGUCUGGAGUAUAAAUAUACAUACUGUACAUAUGAAAUGAGUAAAAGAGUAUAUAAACAUCAUUAAAGUGACCAGUGUUCCAUUAUUAAAGUGACCAGUGAUUCCAUGUCAAUGUACAUAGGGCAGCAACCUCUAAGGUGGACAGCUAAGCAGCCGAGCUAUAGGAAAUGUAAGAGUUGUUCCUCUUCCCUUCCUUCUUCUGAUGUAAAACUCAAUGCCCCCCCCCCCCCCCUCUCUCUCUCUCUCUCUCUCUCUCUCUCUCUCUCUCUCUCUCUCUCUCUCUCUCUCUCUCUGUCUUUGUGUCAUCUUAUAGGAAAAGAAGACUAUGUGGCGACCUUCAAGGGAUCCGAGUUCUUUUGCUACGACCUGUCCUUGAACCCGAUCCAGAGCAGCAGCGACGAGAUCACCCUGUCCUUCAAGACAUUACAGAGGAAUGGUCUAAUGCUUCACACGGGGAAGUCUGCAGACUAUGUCAACCUCGCCCUGAAAAACGGAGCCGUGUCGCUGGUCAUUAAUUUGGGGUCUGGAGCCUUUGAAGCUCUGGUGGAACCGGUCAAUGGGAAAUUCAAUGACAAUGAUUGGCAUGAUGUCAAAGUUACAAGGAAUCUACGUCAGGUAACAGUACAGCGGGUGACUGCCAUGGAGACUUAGUAGUAAACUAAUUUGGAUGAGCCAAAUUUGAUUGAAUUUGAUCAUUACAAUCAAACUAUUUAACUAUUUUGGAAUAAGUAUUUGGAUUGACUAUACUAAUGAUUUGAUCUGUAGUUAAGACAUGAGGAAGGCGGUGAUGCAUUUCAGCAGGGACACAUAUAGACCAAUGGUUGGCAUCAAUAGAGGACAGACCAUGGAAUAUCAGAGUUAUCAAUAGUGGAAAGACCAUGUGAAAAAGAACGUAGCUCUUACCGAGCGUCACUUUGUUCAGAAAAGCUGAUCUCUGAGUCAUCAAUUUCUUGGCAGCUUUUCCCUCUAUAGUUGUGACCACAAUGAACAGCCUCUAUUGACUUUUAGAGGAUCAGCCUUCUCUUUGUUGACCUCUGGGUCUUUGGCUGCUCAACACAUGCUAUUUUUACUGAAAAUACAAUGCACGCUAAGAUUUGUUUUUCUGUUACAAUACAAAGAAAACUGCUAAAUUAAGAAACAUAGAAGCAACACAGUUUACAAGCGACAAAGUUUGCUUCAUGACAUAUAGGUGAAAGUAUAGAAUAUAAUGGCUUCCCUUUCACUUGUACAGCAUCCUACCAACACACUAGCUCUCUAGAUGUGUUCCUGCUCACAGCAUCCCACCAACACACUAGCUCUCUAGAUUUGUUCCUGCUCACAGCAUCCCACCAACACACUAGCUCUCUAGAUGUGUUCCUGCUCACAUAGUAGUUGAUUGUUUCUUUUGAAACACCACACCGACAAAGAUAUUUAAAAAAAAUCGAGAUAAUUUGAGUAAUGUUAAAAUUGAAUUGAACUGUGAAAACAUUAAGAAUGCAUAAUGAAAGUGCAUGCUCAACGGGGGAUUCAAUUUCCAUUCUCCUUCUCAUUUUGUGUCAGGGUCUUUGCUUUGUCUCAUUGCAGUAAAGUGAUCCUAAAGUCCAUCAAUAAGACCAAAUGGAGGCACAGUACUGUAAGUUGAGAUCCUGACCACCAACGUCCCAACAGAUGAGAUCGGUCAGAAUCGGGGUCCAAAACGGGUCUUGAAAAUCAUGAAAAUGGUCCAAACUGGUCCUGAUAAUGAAAAUGUUUAUAUAAUUAACCCAAAGCAUCCAAAGAAAAAGAACAACGAUCGGAAGGUCUUUCGUUAAAGAGGGUCGACUGAUGUGCUUUAGGCAUUCUCUCUUAUUAACCAUUUGUUUUCUGUCUGUCAUACAGAGGGGUCGGGGGUCAGGGGUUGUGGGGGGGGGGGGGGGGGGGGGGGGGGGGGGGGGUUGUUGAUGCCUACCCAGGGCAUUCCGGUCUACAUGGACAGUCCCAUGUAGACCAUAGGGAGUCACUGAUUGAUCCAAUGCGAGCUAGCUCACUUCCACUUGUGGGAGCAUUUUCGCUAGUCUCCCUUAGUCUGGUUUUUUUCUUGUAAAAAUAACUUAUUUUGCCCUUUUUUACUCUAUGUUACUAACAUGCUUUGAAAAACAACAACUAACAUGUCAUUCAUGGAAUGUGUCAUAUAACUAACCAAUCUCUUUUUUUUACGUUUAUUAACAACAACAACAACCACAAUGUACUAACCUUUGGUAGUUAACCAUCAUCUCUUUUUUGAGUAAGUAUCGUUAUUCUGUUGACAGUUUUUCAUUUCCUUUCUCCCCCCUCUCCACAAAGCACUCAGGCAUUGGACACGCUAUGGUAAACAAACUCCAUUGUUCGGUAGAUAUCAUUCUAAUUGUUUCUUAGUUUGGGUUUGCCGUGGGUUUCUUUUCUAUCUUUUCUUACUGUAGACGUCAUUAACAAAACAAAGGGAACGGCGGUUGGUACUCUUUCUGCUUACCUUUUGACCUCCUUUUUAUUUUGACUCUAUUUUCAUUCGUUGGUUGGUUUUCACCACUUCCUGUUAUUUUUACUUCCUGUAUCCUGUCCAGUCACAUUUUUAGGGGCAUCGUUUCAAGCCUUUUGCAUCAAGCAGUGGUUAUCAAAGGAGGACCAAUGUCUGUCUCCUGCCUGGCUGGCCUGAUGCUCAUUGGCUCAGCCAGUGUUCUAUUUCCCAUUCACUCUGCAUGGCACUCCGAAUGCUGCUCUGUAUGCUGCACAUGCUCACACUGCCCACUAUUCGUCCAGGCCAGCUGUCAUUUUCAUUGGUGCUUUUUCUUCUGGUCCCUCGUUGUAAUUUUUUCAGCACGAUCCACCCAUCAUCUGCUUCUGCAUGCAUCCGACACGAGCACAAAGUGUCAGACUAAAACGAUUAGCAGACCUAUUAGCAGACACUAUCUUGGGAAAUGUGUAUUUUUUUGUGCUUGCAACUGCUUACUUUUGUAUUUCUGAAAAAACUAAUUUCUGGGUAUCAUUAACCAAACGCUAAACAUGUAGUUGUGGCUUCUACUUGCUUGUUGCUUUCUAUAUCCAACCCACUUGCACACUAUUAUUUUUUUCCCCAUUUGAAAACAAACUGCUGAUUAACUUUUACUAAUAUGUAACCCUAGCAAAACUAACCUAGAUAACAUUCUACUAACACCAUUUUUGUGUCUGCUGAAAUUACUUUUGAGUUGCAGUAGGGGCUAACAUACUAACACACUUAGUCUGGGGCAACUAACUAACUCCCUAGCUAACUAGCUGUAUCAUUCCCUUGGAGGGCUAGCCGUCUACUUCUCAAACUACUAAUCCUAAACUGGACAAAAUAAACAAAAAACAAGAAAAGAAAAAAAACAGACAUGAAAAUGGGUUUCUACAAUCUUUACCAAACAUCUAUAGAAGAACAAUUAAACUAUCAGAAGUCUAUGAAAGAGGCAUAAAGCCGCUGGACUGAGAGCUCUGAUAGGCUUUCAGAGUAUAGCGUGUCCUUUCCCUGUGCUUUGUUGUCUAGGUAACUAUAUCCGUGGAUGGGAUACUGACCACCACAGGGUACACUCAAGAGGAUUACACCAUGCUAGGCUCCGACGACUUUUUCUAUGUUGGCGGGAGUCCUAGCACCGCUGACCUGCCUGGAUCACCUGUGAGCAACAACUUUAUGGGUUGUCUGAAAGAGGUAAACACCAUCACACUGCACAGUGAUCUCAGG